GAGAACACUGAAAUAUUUUUCGAUCGCGGUCCGGUGUCACCUUUGAGAUUUUUUGCCCUUUUACCUUUCCUGACCUCACCGCUCGUCGAGAAUGACGGCUGCACAGGAGCAUAGUAGAAAGCGAAAACAGCCUAUAAAGGAUGACACGACAGAUGGCGUGUUUCAUAGGGCCAUAGAUAUGGUCAUGCACAGCGAUGAGGAGGGCGGAAGUAUUGCUUCAGAUACUGACGACGCUGUCGACGAAUUCCCCGAGAUAGAUGCCCAGAGCGACACGGAUGAGGAAGAUUCUGAAUUUGAAGACGACGAUGAGGACGAGGAGGAAACAGACGACGAGGGAGACACAGAAAGUUCCGACGAAGAUGUCCAUAUCUUCCCAAAACCAAAAACCGUUAUAUCCGACAUUACUGGCCAACACAAGCGUGUCUACCCAGAAAUAGAACCUGAGUAUGACUCGGACUCGUCUACAGAGGACGCACCUAAUCGUGUCGGUAAUGUUCCAAUGCAUUGGUACGACGACCUUCCGCAUGUUGGAUACAACAUUGAUGGGAAGAAGGUACUACGGCCUGCACGUGGGGACGAGUUAGACAAGUUCUUACAGACUGUAGAAGAUCCCUCUUCCUGGACGUCUGCGUUUGAUAAAAACACCCAGAUGGACAAGCCUCUAACAACAGAAGAGCUUGAUCUCAUUCGAAGGCUGCAUGCAAACGAAGUACCCGACGCAGAAUAUGAUCCCUACGAACCAAUGACAGAAUGGUUUACCGGGAAGGGGAAAGAAGAGAUCAUGCCUCUAUCUGCCGCUCCCGAACCCAAGCGUAGAUGGAUACCUAGUAAAUGGGAAAAGCAAAAGGUGAUGAAAAUCGUGCGUGCAAUACGCCAGGGACGUAUCGUCCCUUCCAAACCAAAGGCAACAGCUCAGCAACAAUUCUAUCCCAUCUGGUCCGAGGCUUCAACAUCACAUGCGCCACCACUUCCAGCUCCAAAACCGAAGUUACCUACAAAUUCAGAAUCGUACAACCCUCCAGAAGAGUAUCUCCCGACCGAGGCUGAGCGCAAGGAAUGGGAGAGCCUCGACCCUGAGGAUCGAGAAAGAGACUAUCUUCCACAGAAGUACUCAGCUUUGCGACUUGUGCCAGGAUACGACCGCUUCAUCAAGGAGAGAUUCAAUAGGCAGUUGGAUCUCUACCUAGCUCCUCGUGUGCAGAGGGUGAAACUUAACAUAGAUCCCCAGUCCUUAAUUCCGAAACUUCCUAGUCCCAGCAGCCUCAAGCCUUUCCCGGUCUAUAAGUCCUUGACUUUUUCGCAUAAUGACAGCUUGGCGAGAUGCCUCAGCGUUAGUCCGGACGGCGCAUGGGUGAUAAGUGGAGAUGACAACGGUGUCGUCUGUUUGUGGGAAGUCUCUGUGGGGAGAGAAGUCAAACGCUGGAAGUUCUCUUCUAAGAUUGGCUCGGUGGAAUGGUGCCCAAGGACGGAUGUCAGUUAUUUUGUUGUUGGCAUCGAAGAGACCAUUUACUUUGUUAUCCCUCCCAAUCUUCCAUCCUCUGUGUACAACUUGACAUAUAAGUUGCUGGCGCCAGCAACCUUACCUCCCCCGCCUGACGUCCCCUCUGCCGUAAAAUGGACGACAGCAUCGUCGAGUUCAUGGUCGAUAAAUUCUCCGAUCCUUACUGUGCAGCUUCCGCAAACGUCUGGCUUACCGAAACAACUUGUGUGGCAUCGGAGAGGAGAUUAUCUUGCAUCAGUUUCCAGCGGAAGUAAUCUUGGAGGCGUUUGGAUUCACCAAGUAACCCGACGGCAUUCUCAAGCUCCUUUCAAAAAAAUCAGAGGAAGCGUGCAAUUGGUCUUGUUCCAUCCUCUGAAACCCCACUUCUUCGUCGCAACGCAACAAUACGUUCGGAUAUACAACCUGUCUGAACAGCUGUUGUUAAAGACGCUCACUCCAGGUAUCAAAUGGAUAUCUUCCAUGGAUGUACAUCCUUCCGGUGAUCAUGUUAUCGUUGGAGGAUAUGACCGAAAAUUGUGCUGGUUCGACCUCGAACUGAGCGACAAGCCGUAUAAAGUGUUACGAUACCAUACGCGAGCCAUUCGCUCGUUACACUUCCAUCCCACAUACCCUUUAUUCGCUUCGUCGUCAGACGAUGGCACCAUACAGAUCUUCCACGCAAGAGUUUACAAUGAUUUAAUGACGGAUCCUCUCAUUGUUCCUCUCAAGAUUCUACGGGGACAUCAGGUAAAGGAUGGACUAGGUGCUUUGCAGGUGAAAUGGUGCAAUCACCAUCCAUGGCUUCUCAGCGGAGGUGCGGAUGGUGCCGUCAAUGUGUGGUGUAGCUAGGUGGGACUUGGUCGUAGAGCACAUAGCAUCUGUGGUACUAAACAAUUCUAUAUCACUGUGGUCAAGAAGCCAAAUCUUCGGACUUACUGUGCUCUGAAAGGCAUCGUGAAGAGUAAGCUGUUAGGGGGGUAAAUUGCUUAUCCGGCGUUGCACGAAAAUCGGCGACAGUCGUAUCCGUGAACGAGUUGCUUCAAUGCAUGGUGUUUUCUCGA